AUGGUGGUGUGGAUACAAUUGCCGGCCUUCCCGGUGCAUUUUUAUCACAAAGAGAUCCUCUUCAUGAUAGGGAAUAUGAUUGGCCGCUCAAUCAAGCUGGACUUCCACACGCAACAUCAACAGCGCGCGAAGUUUGCCCGGAUGGCGGUGGAGCUCGACCUUUCCAAGCCAUUAGUAACGCGAGUUCGCUUAGAUGGGAAAUGGCAAUACAUAGAGUAUGAGAACCUGCCUGCAGUUUGUUUUGAAUGCGGAAAAAUUGGACAUACGAAUUCGUUUUGUCCGUCCCUGGCGGCGAACACGCCAGCAGUCACCACCGGAACAUUGACAAUGGUACCGGAGGGCUGGUCGGAGACUUCGCCGGAGGACAAGGCCGGAUUUGGCCCUUGGAUGCAGGUUACGAGAAGGCCACGGCGCGGAUCGCGGACCUCUAAGAAAGGAAACUCUGGAGCGAUGCAGGGAGACUUGCCAAAUUUGGGGAAAACUGGAAAAGGAAAGAUGUCGAGCAGGAAUAUGGAAGUUUCUAACGGGCAGAAGGAGUCUCCAAACCAACAGGAGGAGACGGUGUGGGGCGGGACACAAGAAAAAGGAAAAACGCAUUAG